AUGUUUUAUAUUGUUUGGGUAAAAAUCAAUUAUUCUUUUGUUUAAAAAUAAAGAUAGUAAUAUAAUAUUGCGUCGGUAAUUUCUCGAAAUUUUUUGAGGAAAUGGUUUUUGUAAGGAUCACGAAUUACUCUGUUUUUUUUGUAGUGGUUGUAGGUAAAGAAAGAAUGGAAAACUUUGAGAAGAAGGCACUCAGUUACGUGGAAAAGAGAAUGAUUAAACGGAAGUGCUAGGAAAUAUAAAAUGAUGUGAGAAACCUUUUUUAGUUAAUUUAAAGGUAUUCUGAGUUUAUGAAAAUGUCCAGACUAAUCUUCGUACAUAAAUAUACUCUCUUUCCAAAACAUAAUUUCAUAUACACGUAGCCACCUGAAUUUAGUGUUGUGAGGUUACUUUGAACCAAAUUGCUUAACAAUCCAAUGUCGCCUACCAAUAGACAACCACAGGUUUGUGGGAAAGAUUUUAAGAAAAAUAAUUUAGAUGAAACGUGAAAAAUGUUUGAAAUGUGAAAAUGUUUGUGAAAUGUAUAUGAAAAAAAGAUAAAAUAGGGUAAUUUAAAAAUAGAGAAGAUAAAAAGGAGGUCAAUUAAAUUAUAUUUUGUAAUAAUUGCUAUAAAAUUGAAUUAAUUUUAGUGUUAUAUAUUGAAUUAUAAUUUCAUAUAUACGUUAGAUUUGAUUUGAACUGUAUUUUUUGUAAAGAGAAGAUGGAAGACCUGAGAGUAAUGUCUGCAAUUACGUGGAAAAACUUUGAGAAGAAAGUUUUAAAUGAUGUAGAAAAGGAUUGAAAGAUGAGAAGAUGUGACCUGGAAGGCUGGAACUAUGGCAGGGGAAGAUAAAUCAAAAAUCAAUUGAUGUAAUUUAGAAACACGAAAAAUAAUCAUUUAAUGAUAGAUAAAAGACCAGUUGAACCUAAUAAUUUUCUUCCCCGCGUUAUUGUCCCAAUCCCAGCACGAUCCACGUCUUUUCCACAGUUUCGAGGGUGAACUUUUCUACUCCGCGUUAUUCCCCAACUCCCAGCAUGAUCGACGUCUUUUCCACAGUUUCACAGGUGGUUGGCUAUUGAUUAUAUAUAUGUGUGUGUGUGUUUUGCUAAGUUUAUAACUGCAACAAUCCAGUACCUUUAGAUACUUGUACAUCAGUAAUCUCGACAUUCUCUUGUCUUCAGCAAGAUUCUUAUCCAAGUUCAGGUAACUUUUUUUUUCAAGCAUAUCUCAUCAUUUUGCGUAAUCUCUUUGCUUUUAAGUUUUCAGUAUUACGGGAAUAAAAAAAAAUUUUGAACAACUCAAAAAAAUUAAAAAAUGUUGGGACUUAUAGUUUUUUUUUUUGAAAAAGGGCUUAUGUUGGGACUUAUAGUUAAACAUUUUAAACAUUCCUCUAGGGCAUCAUUUUGGGACCUUUUUUAAACAUUUGCCUAGGACAUAAUUUUGUAACUAAAUUAAUUUAGAUCUGUUUCAGAAAUGAUAGUAGACGUGAUGUUUGGGACUUUAUAGUUAGAUAGUGCCCUAGCCGUUUGAUGCAAAAAAAAUAAAAAUAAUAAAUAGUUAGAUAGUGCCCUAGUGGAGAACAUUCUAUAACUGAUUUGAAUCCAAGUUUAACACUUUUAAAUAUAUAUAAUAUAUAUGAUGCCAAGAAAUAUAAUAUAUAUAUAUAUCUUUUAUUUGCAAUAACUGUAGAAAUAUUUUUUAAAUUUCUUUAUUUAUUUUAAGAAACAUAGACUCGUUAGAUAUUUUUCAUAUCAAUAGUUUUCAACAAAAAAGACAUUGAUUGGAGAUAUUAUACGGAAAAUGAUGAAUACAUGUAUGAACAAUGUGUCACCACAUGAACACAUAUCUGGACAAAAAUAAUUUAAUAAAAGCUAUAAAAACUAUAUGAAUCACAUUGUGACAUCCCUAAACUCUUAUAUGAUGUUGCUAAGACAAUUAACAUAAUUUGAUAGCCGUUAAAGUGUAUUAAAUUUGUAACCCGGUAAUUCAUGAUGAUGAAUCUUAACAUAUUUUAACAUAUUAUCUGCUGUUCUUUAAUGUAUAACAUUGCAUUUUGAAUGUUUGAUAUAUGUGUGUUCAUUUUGUUUUUGAUCAUUUGAAUAUGCGUUAUGAUCUGUUUCUCAUAAAAAAAAUUAUUUUGUGAUGCCAAAUUCUAAAGCCAACAGACUUUUUUGAUAUCAAAAUUAUAAUUAUGGUGUUAACAACAUUAUAUAGUUAGUGUGGUUUUCAGUAUAUUAUGUUUGUUUAGAUGUUUGAUCAUGUAAUUGUGUAUUGUUCCAGAUUAGCUCGAGUAUAAAGUCAAUGGCGGCUGUUGGAUUAGUCUCUCAACUACUGUCGAAAUACUCAAGUUCCGAUAAGAAUGGAACCAACGAACCAAACCUGAUUUCUUACACAACCGCUUGUGAAGAAGAUCCAGAGCUCAAAUCCUUUGGUUCUUCGCUUGACCAACGAUUUAGCAAAUUGAAUCGCUCGCUCACUACAGGAGUCAAGACUGAAAAUUUUUCCCUACACGCAGUCAAGUCGGUGUGCGGGUUUCUAGUUGAAAUGAACCAAAAUUUGGUCGAGAACAUUAUCGCCAACGUAGAUUUAUUGAAGAACGAAGAACUAAGGUCUUUGGUCGAUCUCUAUUAUGAGAGUUCCACUAGUACUUUAGAUCUAUUUAAUACAGUGGGGAACUGCACCAAUAAAGCAAAAUUAAGCAUUCUGAUCAUUCGAAUCGCGAUCCAACAGUUUGAAAAAGAGUCGAUGGACACAGAGAUUGGAAGAAACAAGAAGAAGUACGCCGAAACGUUAGAGGAGCUGAAUAAGGUCAAAGCUAGGGGGGAUCCUUUUGGUGACGAGUUCAAGGAUCAGUUGAAGUCUGUACGCGCUGAGCACCUUAAGAUUUUAGAGAAGGUCCAUGAGCAGGUGAUGAAGCUUGAUAAACAACAGGGUAAAUUAAAGAGAAGGAGGAGAUUGACGACUAUUUUUUUCUCUACUAUGGUUUUGUCUUUUUUGGCCGUAGAGAUUUGUUCAAACAUAGUAGGCGUACCUCCAUUGGUGCAAGGUACUGCGUUUGGGUUGAACCUCCUGAUGACACCUUUAGGACUAUAUCUCAACGAGAUGAUGAAGAACCGUGAGAAGGAUUUGGAUAGACAGAAAGAGGUGGUCAAUAUUAUGGAGAAAAAUACUAAUGUCAACAUCCAGUGGACAAAUACGAUAAAUAGCCUAGUCGAGAAGCUUACGACGAGUCUCUCAUUGAUUUUGGGGUCUAUGGAGCUUGCUGUUGUGAAAAGAGAAGAGGAGGCCGCAAAACCUCUGGUGGAAGCAAUCCUUAAGGAAGUGGAUGCGUUUGCUAGUACAAUUCAGGAAGCUGGUGAAGCUGUGGCUAAGUGUAUCUCAUGUGUCGCUUCUGGGAAACUACAAGUUCUGGAACACAUAACCAAUUCAAUGUCAUUGUAAGGGAAUAAGAAGUAAACUAUCCAACGUAUUUAUACUUUUAUAUUAAUGUUUGAAGUGUGCGAAACUUGUGUUCUCUUUCCUUUAUCAACACCGAAUAACCAUUUAGGUUU